CGUAGUCUAGCUCGGUAAUAUCUUGUGGGAACCAGCAUCCCGAAGCAAAUAUGAAUUGCCUGCAAAGACCGGCUUGAGGUAUAUUGUUAUGAACGCAUGGCGUGUGGUUCCGCGAAAUUUGUGGCUGUCCCCAACAUGUGCGUAGACAUACAGCGAAGCAGCGAGAGGCAACUAUUUCCAGCCAGGCUUUGCUGCUCCCGAGGCCCGAGGGUUGCGUUCUAAAAUAUUCACUACCCUCGCCUUGUACUGGUGCUCUCAGGCCUCUAUCACAACGUAGCCAAUCUCGUUGCAGUCUAUCCUCGAUCCAUCAUAACUUCUAUCUAUUGAAGCCUUAUCAUUUCUCUCACUAUCUUGCCAUCGCUCCCUAGAGGGAUAUUGCAGCUCGUCGACGUGUGGCCUGGGACUUCAAGUCAAGAAUUGCCCGCCUUUUCUUUCACACAAAACUCUGCCACAUCCCGCACACAAGUUCUACCGGACCGUUGCCAUCCGCCAAUCUUUCGCACUGUGAACUAUUUUUUGUCCCAACCCCAAUUGACCGACCGACAAUCCAGCAGCAGAGCCAGUCACACACACACGACACAGCUGGCCAGCUCGCUCGCCCGUAUCGGCACUGGCCCACGCCUGCACAGAAAAUGCGGCCUCUCAUUCUCGCUUCCCUCCCGAGGGCCUGCGGCUGCGGCGGCUCUAUCGGCGGCAAUGCUGCUGUGCUAGCCGCAACGCCCCUCAGCCUGCGAUGGGCUACGAGAAGGACCUUCACGACGCUGCCCGGCCUGCGGCCGACGGUCCUCGCCCGCUCGCCCGUAUUCCGCUCCUCGACCACGAGCCGCGUCGCCCUGGUCCCCGGAGGCGGCGGCGCGGCGCCCGACGUGGUUCCCAAGACGGCGAUCACGGCGCACCCGGCGCUGGCGGGGGCGGCGUCGCAGGUGCGGUGCGGGCCGCGGGCGACGCUGGAGCGGUCGAGCCGGCUCGUGCGCAAGCGCCGCCACGGCUUCCUCAGCCGCCUGCGCACCCGCAACGGCCGCAAGAUGCUGCAGCGCCGCAAGGACAAGAAGCGCACCAUGCUCUCGAACUGAGCGACGGGGAGCGAACUACAGACACGCGGGCGCGGAGACGAGAGAGACCGAGAGUGCGGUGCGCCGACGCCGACGCUGACGCCUAGACUUCCCUAUCUAGGUAUAUACCUAUCCACUCGCCCAGACGGACCGGACGGCGGUGGGAGAGCGCGACGCAGUGCGAGGCGGCUGCUGCUACUGCUGCGCGCGCCUUCGUCGGAGCGUAGAGUGCGAUCGAUAUACACCUACCCACGACUCCUCUCGGUCGGUCGACCCUUGCACGGAGAAUAAAGGGAGGAGGAGGAGGGUUGUACUAUAGGCGCCAGGCAUGGCAGUUAUACUGAGGGAAAAUAAAUCACCCAAAUAAAGAGACAAAAACACCCCGAGACAAUAAGACUGCUCAGGCUCGCAGGUGCGGAAGUGGGAAUGGCUGUGUUCUGGGUGGCAUCUAUGGCACCGACACGUCCUCUCCUCUCCUCUCGCAACUAUAUCUGAGACGUUGUCUAUCG